GAGAUCUUCUGGAAAUGCUGAAUUUGUUCCGAGGUUUCCUGAGGCCUAGCCGGCUUCUCUGGGCAGCCUUCAGGCUCAGGAGCCCAGCCGGGCCUUCUGUGUCCUCUCCACCCAGCUCCUCGUGGCCUCCAGCAGCCUUCUCUCUUCCGGAGUUGUGGCCCUUCCCAAGCUUGCUUCCCAGCCCCGCCCCUCUCUCUGGACGCAUCUCUGGGCCCCAUCAUCACCCGGCGCCGGGCCCUCCCUUCCACCCCCCCUUCCUCCUCCCUCCUUCCUUCCCUCCCUUCCUCCCUCUCUCCCUCCCUCCCAGCUCCUGCACCAGGAAACAGCCCGGAUCCUGGCAGCGGCCUGACCCGGCUCCACACUGGCCAGGAGGAUGAAAGGCCCCAGCUGGGGGCUCCUUGCCACCAGCGCUGGGUCCUAAGAGCUGCCAUCCAGGCUGGCUGCCCGGAUGGCGACCCCAGCCUCAGCCCCAGACACACGGGCUCUAGUGGCAGACUUUGUAGGCUAUAAGCUGAGGCAGAAGGGUUAUGUUUGUGGAGCAGGCCCUGGGGAGGGCCCAGCAGCUGACCCACUGCAUCAAGCCAUGCGGGCAGCUGGAGAUGAGUUUGAGACCCGCUUCCGGCGCACCUUCUCUGAUUUGGCAGCCCAGUUGCAUGUGACCCCUGGCUCAGCCCAGCAACGCUUCACCCAGGUCUCUGAUGAACUCUUCCAAGGGGGCCCCAACUGGGGCCGCCUUGUGGCCUUCUUUGUCUUUGGAGCCGCGCUAUGUGCUGAGAGUGUCAACAAGGAGAUGGAGCCACUUGUGGGACAAGUGCAAGAGUGGAUGGUGGCCUACCUGGAGACACGGCUGGCUGACUGGAUCCACAGCAGUGGGGGCUGGGCGGAGUUCACAGCUCUAUACGGGGACGGGGCCCUGGAGGAGGCGCGGCGUCUGCGGGAGGGGAACUGGGCCUCAGUGAGGACAGUGCUGACAGGGGCCGUGGCACUGGGGGCCCUGGUAACUGUAGGAGCCUUUUUUGCUAGCAAGUGAGAAAGUCCAGGGCCAGGUGGGGUGAGGUGUAGCUGGGGGACAGGAAAGCAGGAACAGAACAAGAGAAAUGCCCUUGGAAGAAGUGGGGUGAAUGGAUGGGCAUGGAAUGGGGAUGGGAAGGGGCUGGGUACUGUGGGAAGGAGCUGUGUGUGCCAGGCAGGCAGUUGGUGGGAUGAGCUGGAGUCAUUAGGGGAUGUAUUUGGAAAGUGAGCAGGCCAGGAGAUGAAGUCAUUCCAGGGUUGGGAGGAGGUGGGAGAGAUCAUGCCUAUAGGUAUAGGCACACAAAACUAUAACUAGAGCUUACUUUGUAGCCCUAAGGAAGGAGGACUUGUAUAAAAGGUUGUGUCUCCAUUGGAUGAGUGAGAUUUGGGGAAACACAGAAGGCACAGCCUUUGGAAUGGAAACUUGGAGUUCUCAGGUGAUAGGGAGAGGUGGCUGUGAUGUUGGGCUGCUUGGACAUAUGUGUGCAUGUGCAUGCGUGCUUGUGUGCAUGCUGGGCUGCUUGUCUAACCUGGUGGCAGCGGUAUUCAUGGAGAAAACAUUCCCUGUUGAAGUGGCAAGAACAAGGGGAAGUUCUCUGCCUCUCCUCCCAACCCCCUCCCACCCCCCUUUGUUCUGAUGCCUCAAGGCUGUGGGAGAAACACUGUAUCCAGAAGAGGGCUUUGGGCACUUUUCCACAGAAACUCAUUUGCAGUGCUUCGGAGAGAAGUUCUGUAGCUAGCCCUGUGGCUUCACCGUCCCCAUUCCUAGGGCAUCAUUCACUUGCUGCUGCCUCCUGGGCUCUGACUGAAAACAGGGCCCAGGAGCCUGCAGUGGGGGUGGGUGGGGAGCUGGACCUACCUGCCUCCCUCCUCUCCCACUGGGGCACACUGGUGCCUGAAGUGUUCCCUGUUUCUGGGACCUUCUGUACCCAAACUCAAACUCUAAAUUGGGACUCUAAUUUUCCUUGUGAAUGUGUGGAGGUAAAUGCUGAUCUAGAGUACAGUCUGGGUCCUGCACUGUAUCUCAGUGAGACUGUUGAUGUCUUGAGAGGAACAUUCCAGCUCUGAACCCCAUAGGUGUGAGGGUGACCUAUACUCCGUGACUGGCCUAUUUAUUCCAUGUAGUGAGCUUCGGUGCUGCUUUAUCAAGGGCCAGUUAUAUGGGUUCUAGAGUACCUACCAUGACCUAGAAGCAUUUAUAUUUUCUUUGAAGCCACGCUGUUUGCAUGGGUGUUACUUGUCUGUAUCUCUGAGUCUGAGGAUGUUAACUUUAGAGCUCACAGUCCUCUAGAACAGAUUCCGAUUAUAGCUUUUUCUUUUGAGAAAGAAAUGAUUUCACUCCAGAUGCAUGCCCUGAGCCAGACCUCACUGCUGCACUUCCCAAGGUGCUAAAAUUGCUGCUUUCCAAUGCUGACUUCAGACACAGUGCUCUAGAACCCGGCCCUUGAUCCUGAGUACUGAUCAGCUUAGCUAGACCAUGGUUGACUCUUCUUGGGAUUUUCAUUUGGUCCCAAAAUGUGGCAACAUAGUUGUACUCACAAGAAUGUGGGACCAAAAUUGGCCUCAGGUGUUUAGCCCAGGCUUUUGCUUUUGAGGGAGGGCUGCACUUUUUAAUGGUAUUUAUAGGGGAGGUGGAAGACUGCAUGUGCCACUUGGUCCGUAAGUGAGUAUGCUGAUACCAGAAACUCAGAGCUGGUCU